UCCCUAUUACCCGUUUUUGUGGAGCUGUGUUUUCAGUUUGCUAUGAGCUGGCCUGUUAUCCAAUACGCAGUGAAUAAACAUUGAUUUUUUUUUUUUUUUGAUUUUUUUUCUUCACAUGACGGCCAUACAAACCUUUCAGUCAUAUAUCGUGUUUAUUUGACGCAGCACUCUGCAUUUACCGCCUGAACAGCGGGUGGGUUGUCUGAAGUGAUUUGUAAAUAGUUACAGUGAGAUCUAUUUUUAACUCUGGGCUAUACCAGCUGCCGUCUGCUGGCCUAUGUCGUUUACAAAGGUGUAAAGGCUGACAUUUUGUGGUGAAAUAACCAGCUGCGUGAUUCGGCCCGAUGGAGACAGAUGGUCCGCGAAUUGUGGCUGGUGUGACAGUGCGUUUUUUUUACGUCGCCCAGGGAGGAAAUGAGAUAGGACAACGACCAGUUCCUGUGAUGUGUAGCUGUAGGAUAAAUAACAUCAGGGUCUGCGUUUGAUAAUAAAAACUAUCAUCAGCUAUGGACGACUUCGCGGCCAAGAUAGAGAAUGAGCUUGCCAACUGUAGUAUCUGCCUCGACGUGUACAAGGAGCCGAAGACUCUGCCAUGUCUGCACAGUUUCUGUCAGAGAUGUUUGGCAGCUCACAUCCUGUCGAGUCAAGCCAGAUUUGGUUCCAAGAAAAAAGGGGGAUUUCUAUGUCCCAUUUGUAUGGAGUUCGUUAAAGUUGGUAACAAGACGAUGCCUCUUAACCAGUGGGUAACUCAGUUCAAAACAAAUUUUUACAUACAAAGUCUGAUAGAGGCUUUAAAGUGUAGAAACCCAGUACCAGACGAAAAUUCGGAAACGCAUGCUGGUAGUGAGACUGACAGUGUAGAUGGUGAAAUGAUGGCCUCUGGUGGAUCCAUCCAGUAUACGGGUCCUCAGUUUAGUCCAACAGAACUGACAUUCACAGAUAUAGAUUUUCCAUCUCAAGCAGACGGCAAUGCACCCAACCCAAGAGCUGACCCAGCAGAGUCUAUGCCGAACAACAACUCCAGCCAGGAAACGAGGGUGUCGUCUGCCAGUAAUUUCAGAUAUCAUCUCUCCACGCACAUCUCCACUUGGAAGUCAGAUGAAGAUUUCCCGCCCAUGCUUGAAGACAUCUGUCUGCUCAAUGACGGCGACUGUAUCAUCGUCAGCGACAACUUCCACUGUUGUGUCAAGGCUUACUGGUCUUGGCAGCCCGAUCGCGGUCAGUACAAAACCAAGGACAAACUCAGCGUUGGGGGAUCGCCAUCCUGCAUCUCAAAACUGAAUGAGACGAUGGUUAUAGUCAGCGUGAAGGGUUCGCUGUGGAAACACGAAAUCGACGUGCUUCAGGUUAUACCGAAACUGAAGUUCAGACAGAAGCUGCAGACGUCUCGCCUAUACAAGGGACUGGCCUCCGUGUCCGACAACCUAAUUGUGGCCAGCUGUUGCGACAAAGCAAAUAUCGGACAGAUUCAUAUUUUGGAUAUAAGUCUUCCGUCGUCUGUGGUCGUUUUGAAAGAAGUCACGCUGUCCGGAGACAGCCACCCAGGUUACAUGUCUUUCUCCAGUGUGACAACUCAGAUCCUUAUAUCAGACAGUGGAAAAUGCGCAGUCCGCUGCAUUCACCUUCGUUCUGGAAGAGAGUUUAAUUACAAACCAGAAGGUCCACACGCAUUUUCCUCACCCCAAGGCAUAAGUCUUGGUUCAACGGGUGAACUGUACAUUGUUGACUUUGCGCAUGGCAGGAAGUGUAUUUUUCGCGUAACGCUGGACGAGCCACGAUCGUGUCACAUGAUCUUACAGGAAAGCGAUGGUCUGCGAUGCCCAGUUUCUGUGGCUGUCAGUAGUGACAAGACGCUGUACGUAGCCGAACAAGGAGGGGACAUUAAAAUCUUCAAGUUGAGAACUUAAAGAAAGAAAUAUUAAAACAUAUGACAAUACUAUAAAACCUGUAUCCAAUAUGUUUCGCCUGUUGGAGAUAAAUCAUUACUGUAACUUGUUUGCCUGCUGUUGAUAAUUUCGAAUUGGGGGGUGGGGUGGGGACAUGGCAAUACGCAUAAUUGAUUAACAUUAGUCAUUUUGCGUCAAAAGGGAACCGAUGGAGUGGCAUAUAAUGAAUAACGCAUUGGGGAUUGGCGUAUGUAGGUGGGGAUUAAAAUAGGUAUUUAAUAGCCAACAUUAAUCUGUUUUAAGAAAAAUGGAAACCUAAUAUGAAAAUGCAUCCAACGCAACCAACGCACACGGCUCUACCCAUAGAGUAGAAUUCCUAAUAUAUACAAUUCGUGAUAAGAAUAACACCUUUUGCAUGCAUGCAAUAUAAUAUUUGAUUAAACUGUUUUGUAAAC